UUACACCAUAAAUAGAAUCUUCGUCCAAGCCGCUCAUGACGUAACUAUGCGUUGAUGACGUCAAUAGUGGACUUGUCACCCUCUAUGACGUAAUAAACUGAAUGAUUCUUACGAACAGUGUUGAUUGGCGAAAUUAAUUAAACUUUUUCUCCUUUACAACAUUUGGGUUAAUCCCGGAUAUUCGAUAAGAAGGAUCCUCAAUAUGACGUCAUAGUAUUAAUAGCGGAUAAAAGCGCACGUGAUUCUUACAACAUAUGGCCUUGAUUACGUCACAAUCGCCUUUUUACGUUUCGCGCAUUCGUUGUGUUGAAUUCGAACAAGAUGUCGCGGUUAAGUUUCUUGUUCAUUGUUACGUCGUUAUUGCAGUUAUCGACACAAGAAGAAGAUAACAAAGGGCCCGUUUGUUACGCAUGCGCAGGUGUCAGUUGUGGACUUCCUCGUGUAAAAGGUCAUGACCCGGAUAUUCAUUGUGACGUUGGACACGUUUGUUGGACAAUCGCCACGCUGGAAAAAGAAGUAACGUACUUCCGUGGCUGUGGUUUCCCAAACCACCAAAAGUGCGCGGGAGGCGGCCGUAAGAGGGCACCAGCGCGCAGCACAGCGGGGCAAAGGUUGGAAGUAAAUGGAGACGAAUAUUGUGAAUGGGGUUCUGGGAUAAGUCAAUGUAAAACUUGCUGUGAGGGUGGAUGGUGUAACGGAGGCGAACCAAGAGUCAGGUUCGGUCGGAAUUCAUCAACUCAUUUAAAACCAAUGUUGUUAUUUAUAUAUUGCGUAUUGUUUUCACUAUUAUGUGAAUAAACCAAUGUUGUUAUUUAUAUAUUGCGUAUUGUUUUCACUAUUAUGUGAAUAAACCAAUGUUGUUAUUUA